CUGCUCGUGGUGCUGCCCCUCCUGUUCCCACCAGGCCCCAAUAAGACCCCCCAAAUGUCCCCUAACCCCCCUUUUUCAUUUAAUCACCUCCCCCCUCAGAUCCCUUUUACCCCACAAUGCUCCUGAGACCUUUUUUAACUCCCCCAAAUGCACCCAGAGGCCCCCAAAACGCCCCAAAUCCCAAACAAACCCCCAGCAAAGAGGGAUCACCCGGCACCCUGGGACAGGAACACAGUGGGCUGUACUGGGGGCACUGGGCUGUACUGGGAGGGCACUGAGGGGGCACUGGGCUGUACUGGGAGAGCCCUCAUCCCCAGAGCCCCUUCUCUGGGCAUCCGUGCCAUGGUGUGGGAACCACGGCAGGGUUGGAUCAAGGGUUGCACUUGAUGAUCUGGGAGGUCUUUUCCAAGCCGGCUGAUUCUGGGAUUCUCUGGGUGCCAUUGCCAGGGCAGCACAUGCUGGAGGCUCUGUCCACAGGGGAUAGAUGUGUCUGUGCAGACAGAGAGACAAGGUCAGUCUGCAAAGAUGUGGGGUUAGAAAAGCAGGAGAAGUUGUGGGGUGAGAAGAAGUUGUGGGGCAGGAGAAAGAAGCCCCCAGGCCAGUGCAAGCAGACCCCCCUGGGCUUGCACAUCAUCUGCCCUCCCUGCAGGUUCCUGUGCUGGAGAGCAGGCCCUGAGGUGGCCCUGAGCAAUGGCCCGGAGGUGAGCCCAGAGCUGUCCCUGAGGUGGCCCUGAGAAGUGGAAGGCAGAGGUGGUGCUGAGGCAGGAGAGCCCCGUGCUGGGGAAGAGGCUGAUCUGGGAGUGCCCAGCAGCGAGAAGGUGCUGUGUCCAUGCCCUGUGUGCCAGCAGGAUUUGUCCUUCCCAAAGCUUGGUCGGAUGGAGGAGGAGGCUGCGAGGAAGAGGAAGAGGCCACGGACCCCCCAGGCAGGCCCCGAGCUGAGGACGGAGAGCACGGAGGACAAAUCCCCCCGGCAGAGCCUGGUGGGAGAGGCCGUUUUGAAGGGCUCCCCGGCGCAGGAAGGCAGCGGGGAGGAAAAGGCCCGGAGAUGCCCCCGGAGGAGGGGCUGCAAAGCCAACCCAGGGAGCUCUGAGGAGGAAAGACCCGUCCUGUGCCGGGAAGGCGGCCAGAGCUUGAGCCGGAGCUCCGAGCUGGUUGUCCCUGAGCAGCCUCCCAGCAGGGAGAAGCCCUUCAGGUGCUUGGAAUGUGGGAAGAGCUUCAGGAAGAGCUGGAACCUCCUCAGCCACCAGCACAUCCACACUGGGGAACAGCCCUACACGUGUAGGGAAUGUGGGAAGAGCUUCAGUGACAUCUCCACCUUGAUCCGACACCAGCUCAUCCACACUGGGGAACGACCCUACAAGUGUUUGGAAUGUGGGAAGAGGUUUCAGACCAGCUCACAUCUUCUCACACAUGAACAGACACACACAGGGGAGAGGCCCUUCCACUACACCGAUUGCGGGAAGGGCUUCAAACACAACUCCACCCUCAUCACCCACCGGCGCAUCCACACCGGGGAGAGGCUCUACAAGAGUGGGGAGUGUAGGAAGAGCUUCACCCACAGCUCUACCUUGACCAAACACCAACGGACCCACCAGUAAGGGAAGCCCCUCGAGUGCCCCAACUGCAGGAAGAGCUUCGGCCACUGCUCCCAUCCUGAAUGACCCCCUGAUGGUGAGGCAACCGCUGGAGUCCAGUGAGUGUCAGUCCAUCCCUUUCUACCAGAAAGGGCCAGUCACCUUUCCCGGGGGCAGGUUGUGCCAACAGAGCCCUUCCUGGGGGGCGUGUGGAGAUUCCUGCCUUGGCUGGGGACCCCCAAGGUCAGUGCUGGAGGUUGAGAGCAGAGAUCUCCCCCCGAGCGUUGGUCUGGGGAAGUUCCAUCCAUCUCUAAUUCAUAAUUCUUGCUUUGGUGCGAGCUUGAGUAGAAUUGCUUCAACAGUUGCUUUAGUGUAGAGCACUGUCCUAUCUUAUGCUGUAGUACUGGUAGUUUUAGUGUUUCUACUGUGCAGUAAAUAAUUCUGAUGAAGGUGUUUUGUCUGAUCAUUUGUAACCCUAAACAAUUCAUUUCUAUCAGUAGAUGUGGUUUGCCAUCCUUAAAACCUGGGGGACAAAAGUGUUUUAGUCCCACCUCUGUAAUUCCUCUGAACUGAACCUGUUGGCAUAACCCAAGGCUGAGAUUGGAUCCAGCAGCCCCCAGCACCUCACAGUAAUUUGGGAGCUCAGGGGGCCACCCCCCCUUUCCCAGCCCCCCUGUGCCCAAAGACCCCCAUGG